AUGAGGGAAUAUACAUGUCAGAUAGAAAUAGACCUCUACUAUCGCACCGGAUUAGCUCAUUGUCGUUCCGUCUUGAUGACUGCCAAAGCUGUUUAUGUUAACCUAAAUCUUAAACCUAUAAUUUUAAGAAAUGGUGAUGAUCAUUUAAAACCAGAGUUUCUUAAGAUCAACCCUCAACACACUAUUCCAACCCUUGUAGAAAAUGGAUUUGCUCUCUGGGAGUCUCGUGCUAUUUUAAUCUAUUUGGCUGAACAAUACGGUAUAAAUGAUACCCUCGACCCCAACUGUCCACAAAUACGUGCCAUCAUCAAUCAACGUUUAUAUUUUGACAUGGGAACACUACAACAGCGAUUUGCUGAUUAUUUUUAUCCAAAAAUCAUUUCCAAAGAACCUGGUAACCCUGAAAGUCUUAAAAAGAUAAAAGAGGCUUUUGACUUUCUAGAUAUUUUUCUCGAUGGUCAGAAUUAUGCAGCUUGUAAAAGUCUAACUAUAGCCGAUAUUGCCUUGUUUGCCACUGUUUCAACCUUCGAAGUUUGCAAAUUUGACAUCACCAAGUAUGAAAAUGUAAUGAGAUGGUACAACCUUUGCAAAAAAACGAUGCCAGGGCUAGAACUCAACCAACAGGGGCUUGAAGAUUUCAAAAAAAACGUUACCUGGUAG